CGGAUAUAGUGAAAUGCGGGGUGUCGGGACGCAGAGCGGAUAUAGGUGGAAAUGCGGGGUCCGGGGUGAGAGCGGAUAUGGUGAAUGCGGGGUUCCGGGGGGGGAGCGAAAAUUUUUUGUGGGAAAGCGGGGGUUUCCCGGGGGGAGGGGGGUUUCGGUGAAUUUGGGGGGCCGGGGUGAGGGCGGGUUUUUUAAAGUGAAUGCGGGGUCCCGGGGAGAGGGAUUUUAGUGAAAAGCGGGGUUUCCCGGGGGAGCGGUAUAGGAAUCGGGGGGCCGGGGAGGCGGAAAAUAGUUAAUGCGGGGUUUUGGGGAAAAGCGGAUAUAGUGGGAAAGGGGGGUCCGGGGGGGGGGCGGGUUUUAGUGAAUGCGGGGGUCCCGGGGGGAGGGGAAUGUGAAUUCGGGGGCCGGGGAGAGGGGGGUUUUAGUGAAUGCGGGGGGGCCGGGGGAGGGAUACGGUGAAUGCGGGUUUUCCCGGGGGGGAGAGCGGAUACAGUGAAUGCAGGGUCUGGGGA